UCCAGGCCUUGGCAGUGUCCGGAUGAGGUGCCCACCCAUGUGUGGGACAGGCCGCACGCAUUGGCCUGACCCAGCCUUUGACUCACCCCACUCGUGGCCAAAUAGUUGAAAUAUUACUCGACCACACUCCAGCUUUCCUCCGCCUCUGGCAAUUAUCAGGAAGUCCCUCCCAUAGUCACGCCUAGGCUUACAGCAGAUUGCUAGAGGGGACCCCAGAACUGGGACGGCUGUGGGAGGUCCUCAUACUGGGCACCAAGGGCCACCUCUCCCAGGUCCCUGCUUCUCCUAGCCAUGGCUCCCAAGCGCAAGCUCGCCGUGCAGGGCAAGGGCCCUGAGAAGAAGAAGGGACGGCAGGGGGCGGAGGAGGACAGCUUCCGCUCCGCGGCUGAGGCCCUCAGGGCUGCACCCACGGAAAAGCGCACAGUCCGGGUGGACCCCGAGUGUCCCCUCAGCUGCAGUCCCGGGACCCAGGCCCAGGUGCAUGGGGACUAUGACUGCACCCUGAACCAGACCAACAUCGGGAGCAACAACAACAAGUUCUACAUCAUCCAGCUGCUGGAGGACGGUGACCGCUUCGCCUGCUGGAACCGCUGGGGCCGCGUUGGAGAGGUGGGCCAGUCAAAGCUCAGCCACUUCGAUUCACUGGAUGACGCAAAGAAGGACUUUGAGAAGAAGUUUCGGGACAAGACCAAGAACAGCUGGGCCGAGCGGGACCACUUUGUGGCUCAUCCCGGCAAGUACACGCUGAUCGAAGUGCAGGGCGAGGACGAUGCCCAGGAAGCUGUGGUGAAGGUUGACGGAGGCCCAGUGAGGACCGUGGCUCAGCGGGUGCGGCCCUGCUCCUUGGACGCAGCCACACAGAAGCUCAUUACCAACAUCUUCAGCAAGGACAUGUUCAGUGACGCCAUGGCCCUCAUGAACCUGGAUGUGAAAAAGAUGCCCCUGGGGAAGUUGAGCAAGCAGCAGAUCGCACGGGGCUUCGAGGCCUUGGAGGCCCUGGAGGCAGCCCUGAGGGCACCCUCCGCCGGGGGCCCAGGCCUGGACGAGCUGUCUUCUCACUUCUACACGGUCAUCCCCCACAACUUCGGCCGCAGCCGGCCCCCGCCCAUCAGCUCCCUGGAGCUUCUGCAGGCCAAGAAGGACAUGCUGCUGGUGCUGGCCGACAUCGAGCUGGCCCGGAGCCUGCAGACAGCCCCCCAGGAGGAGAAGGAGGUGGAGGAGCUGCCGCACCCGCUGGACCGAGAUUACCAGCUCCUCAAGUGCCAGCUCCAGCUUCUGGACCCGGAGACGCCUGAGUACAAGGUGAUCCACACCUACUUAAAACAGACUGGCAACACCUACAGGUGCCCUGCUCUUCAGCACGUUUGGAAAGUGAACCGAGAAGGGGAGGGAGAUAGGUUCCAGGCCCACUGCAAGUUGGGCAACCGGAGGCUGCUCUGGCAUGGCACCAACGUGGCGGUAGUGGCCGCCAUCCUCACCAGUGGGCUCCGCAUCAUGCCGCAUUCUGGUGGCCGCGUGGGCAAGGGCAUCUACUUUGCCUCGGAGAACAGCAAGUCGGCAGGCUACGUUAUGGGCAUGUCGUGUGGGAAGCAGUGCAUCGGCUACAUGUUCCUGAGUGAGGUCGCACUUGGCAGAGAGCACCACAUCACCAUCGACGAGCCCAGCUUGAAGAAGCCACCCCCUGGCUUUGACAGCGUCAUUGCCCGAGGCCACACAGAGCCUGAUCCAACCCAGGACACCGAGCUGGAGCUGGAUGGCCAGCGAGUGGUGGUGCCCCAGGGCCAGCCCACGCCCUGCCCCGAGUUCAGCGAUUCCUCGUUCUGGCAGAGCGAGUACCUCAUCUACCAGGAGAGCCAGUGCCGCCUGCGCUACCUGCUGGAGAUGUGCCUCUGAGCUGCGUGCCCUCCCCUCGCCCCGACGAGCUGCGAAGGGACUGUCAGGCUCGGCCUUCCUGCCCACCUCUGGCCGCCCGCAGCCCCCCCCCCCCCGUCACCCCUUCUUGCUCCCGCAUCUCCCUGCUGUGUGCAGGAUGGUGAUGCCCACUUCCUCCCUAGCCCUGGCGGGGCAGUGGCCCCAGUACCGUCCCGAAGCUGACAGGUGCAAUGGACUGGCAGCAUCACUGGGCCGAAGGUGCACCUGUUCCUGGCUGUGCAGUUAGAGGGGUGCAGGUUGAGAGCGAGUUGGUCCCCAUACCCACCCAGGCCGUCCAUCCCGGCCCAGGCUGUGUGGUCACCGAUGUAGGCUGAACUUCAAGCACGCACAUGGGGCAAGUUCAUUAAAUGCUGUCUUUGCUCA